AUUUGUUUUUCGUCUUCUCUCAAGUCUCCACCGCGCCACUGUAAGUUGAUACUGUUUCUUUCAAAUUUUUACAGAAAAUUCUCAAUUCUUUUCUUCCUUUAGUGUCUUAUCGCUGCUUUCAUUAUUAUAUAUAUUAUAGGGUUAACCGUUGAUACUCUACCGUUCGUCGGUGACGGCUUACCAUUUUCUUUUUCGCCAUAAGCCCUAGGUUAGGAGUGGCGCAUCUGGGUGGUGGUGCAGAGGCACACGCCCAUUUCAAGCAGUAUGAGUAUAGAGCUAACGGAACUAUUAGACUUACAGCCUCUUCGUCUGACUGCUUUAAGGAAUCCAUCCUAUGAAGCACUUUAUCAGGAUUUUAAGCAUUUCAAUCCUAUCCAGACUCAGAAAGUUCCUGACAGUAUUAUGCGUGUAGUUUAUAUUGCUCCUCUGGAAGCUAUUGCCAAAGAGAGAUACUGUGACAGGGUGAAGAAGUUCGGCGGAGGUCUCGGUUUGCAAGUGGUUGAAUUAACUGGUGAAACAACAAUGGAUCUGAAGCUGCUUGAGAAUGUUCAGAUAAUCAACAGAACUCCUGAGAAAUGGGAUGCUCUUUCUCGCUGUUGGGAAAAACGCCAGUAUGUUCAGCAGGGUAGUCUUUUUAUCAUUGACGAGCUUCGCUUGAUUGAAGGCCAAUGUGGUCCCGUGUUAGAGGUCAUUGUCUCUGGGAUGACAUAUAUUGCUAGUCAGGUUGAGAACAAGAUCUGGAUUGUGGCAUUGUUGAUUUCUCUUUUAAAUGCCAAAGAUCUUAGGGGAUGGAUAGGAGCCACCUCUCAUGGUCUUUUCAAUUUCCCUCUUGAACAUGUCAAACUCAUUGCUGUGUAUCUAAUGACUGACUCUAGUGUGGAAAAUGAGGAGAGUCCAGCUUUCCAGCUGCGGUCCCCUGAAGAAUUGAUGCCUUUUGUGGGAAAAAGCAGUGAACAAACGUUGAGAGAAACUCUAUCAUACGUAGUGGGCUAUUUGCAUGAGGAUUUGAGCAGUCUAGAUCAGGAAGUUGUAUCAAAGCUUUUUGAAGCUGGGCUAGAUCCAGUUAUGAGCAGUUCACUGUGCUGGGGAGUGCCAUUGUCUGCACACUUAGUGGUUGUAAUAGAAAUCGAUAAUUCUGAGAAAUGUGUCAUCCUCUGUUGUGCCCCUUAUGAAGAGUACUACAAGAGGUUCUUGCCUGAAGCUUUUCCCAUGGAAAGUCAUUUGCACCAUUUCUUAUGUGAUAACUUUAAUGCAGAAGUUGUUGUUGGAGUUAUUGAGAGCAAGCAAGAUGCUGUGGAUUAUCUUACAUGGACCUUCAUGUAUGGGAGGCUCACUCAAAAUCCAAACUGCUAUAAUCUCCAGGGAUGUGGAGAGUGUAAGAGGAGGAGAUCAGGGAGAGUGUACCACUGCACUGUCAGUGACUACCAUCUACAUGUUUGUGCUAAGACCGUGAUUAAUGAGCUCCAAGCCAAUGGCGUCCAAGACGUAGAGAAGCCAAGCAUGCUGGGUACUGCAACCAAGGUUGCUUCUAAGGUCGUGAUAGAGUUUAUCAGGGGGCUGAUUGAGGGGCUUGGAGAAGGGGUUGAACAAGUUCUCAUCCAAAGUGUGACCAGAGGAAGGCACCAUGUAAAAGCAUGAUUUCUCUGUUACAAAUUAAUUCAGAGCUAUUCGUGACAUAUUGCUGGAUUAGUACCAUUGAAAUCGGUAUCCAUCCAUUAUUUAUGUUGAUAAUACUUUGGUGGGAGCUUGUGGUACAUAUUUUAUAUGAAGAAGGGAGAUGGCAUGUCUACUUCGCCAAGCCUCAUGCCAAAGACAUAUAAGAUUGUACGUACGUUAUGUUCUCUGUAUAUUUUGGCCAUGGAAAAAAGAAUAAGAAGUGUGUUUAUAAUUAAAGUAAGAUUUGUUU